AUGUUUGCGAGAGAAUCGUGGGUUUGCAGUGUGCACCGAUACCGCACCGCUCGCCAGACAUGCCGGAUGGAACUUGUGCACGAAGUUAGGGAUAGGCGGUUUCCUUUGGCAGCGGACGUCACGUCAGUCCCUGGUACCUUCACACUCCUCGCGGUGCACACUGGAAGCAGUUUCACAGAGACGUCCUUGCGGACCGCCUCGGAUCUCUUGCACACAUGUUCCGCCUUUCAUAGAAUGGUCCUCAACAGACUAAUGCAUGCAUGGCUUGCGAGAAGAGCCCAAGACCCGACCAAUACCACAUCGGCUGGAGAGUUUCACACCUUCAAGUUGACCCUGUGGGCGCCUGCUUUCCAUUACGCAUACCGAGCAUAUGGUAGACGUCAUGCCAAGUAAAUGAAAGGUUCCUGUGCAGGGAUUCUUGCCCAUUAAAAAAGAUAAAACUUGAGCAUUAAUGCGAUGGAUGUCACGAACGCAGAACAACGGUACUAAGUAGCUGAUUUAGGAAGUGCCGAUGUAUUUUUGUUGUAUGUUGUUUGUUCAAUGUCAUUGACAGGCUUAGCCACUGCCUGAGGAAGCGCUUACACCUGAAAUUUGGAAUAUAG